AGGGUCACAGCAGAAGAAGCAGAAGAUCCCACAUCAGAAACAUUCCCUAUCUUCUGCUCAUUAUUCCAACGAGAAGUUGAGUUUAGGUCAGUCAGUUCGAGAAUUCUAAUCGGAACUAACAGCUUCUAAGUUCCAUCUAUUUCACAAAAUGGAGCUCUGAUAUAAACUUGUGCCACGAUAUUUAAGUUUAGAUUUUUCAUCAACCACCGCUUCUGGAACGGAGAAGAAGUGCACCGUAAGGAGGUAGUGUUCAUGCCAUUCUUCCGCACAAGUAAGAGAAUUAUGAGCACCAGCUACCCAGAUGCACCCCUCGGGAUUCGACUUGUUUCUGCUUUAUGCGGAAAAAUCUGUCCUCGAUGGCAGAUCAAUCGAUUGCUCUGGUUCAAAUGCUCGGUGCUCACGCUUACCUAUCUUGCGUACAUGUGCUACCACAUGGCAAGGAAACCGAUCUCCGUAGUUAAGUCCGUACUGCACAGAAAUUGUUCCGGUGUGCAGAUACCGCCGGAGUUCAUCCACAAUGGUGGUGAACCUCCGAACGAUAGCACCUGGUGCGAUUAUGCACCAUUCGAUGGGGCUGAUUCGGCAGCAUUGCUGGGAACGCUGGAUUCUUCGUUCCUGUUCAGCUACGCUAUUGCCAUGUUCUUUUCGGGAUUCAUUGCAGAACGAGUCUCUUUGCGAUACUUUUUGACCUUUGGAAUGUUGUUUUCUGGCAUAUUUUGUUAUCUGUUUGGCGUUGCAAAAGUCUACGAUAUCCAUUCAAUGACGUACUUUGUAUUCGUACAAGCAAUGGCUGGAGUUUUCCAAACCACUGGUUGGCCUGGUGUCGUUACCAUUGUGGGUCGUUGGUUUGGAAAGUCAAAGCGCGGGCUGAUUUUCGGAAUUUGGAAUAGUCACACAUCGAUUGGGAAUAUCUUGGGCACUCUGAUAGCUGGAUACUAUGUGGAAAAAGAUUGGGCAAUGUCUUUUGUGGUGCCCGGAUUUGUGAUGGGGGUGUUCGGAUUUGUUAUGUUCCUAUUUUUGGUUGACCGACCGGAGAUAGUGGACUGCCAUGAAAAAGUCGGAGAUCGAAGAGGAGGUUAUAGGAGAAUCGAAGAUGGCAGGAUCGGUGAAUCUGGUGGUAAUUCCGAUGCGGAAGAAUCAGUGGGAACCAACAGCGAGCAGGAUAAUCCAUCACUAAGAAGCUUAAGAGGCAGCUUUUAUUCUAAUAUUAUUGAUGUAAACGAACGCACACCAAUAAUAGGCAGUAUUAAUCGAGCUCCUGCAGAGGAUGAUGCUAUUGGUUUCGGCGGAGCCCUACGGAUUCCAGGGGUGGUAGAAUUUUCGAUGUGUCUGUUCUUCUCCAAAUUAGUUAGCUAUACUUUCCUUUUCUGGCUGCCGCUAUACAUUCAGUCGUCAACAACUUUGGGGGCCCAGUUGAGUGCAGAUUUAUCGACGCUGUUCGAUAUCGGGGGUAUUGUUGGUGCCAUCGCAGCAGGUCUUAUCUCUGACUACUCUGGGAUGUCUGCUUCCACAUGCACUGGCAUGCUAGCCUUGGCCGCACCGGCUUUACUCCUUUAUCAACAAUUGGGCACUGUGUCUUUGUCGUUCAAUAUCUGUCUACUCUUUAUAACUGGAGUGCUGGUUAAUGGACCAUAUGCUCUUAUUACUACUUCCGUUAGUGCUGAACUUGGUCAACACAGUUCUUUGAACGGAAAUUCCAAGGCACUUGCUACGGUCACAGCUAUUAUCGACGGAACAGGUUCAAUCGGAGCUGCUGUAGGUCCACUAAUUGCCGGUUUGAUUUCAUCUUCCGGGUGGGAGAACGUCUUCUACAUGUUGAUUGCCUCGGACAUUUUGGCGCUGCUAUUGUUGUUACGACUUGUGGCGAAGGAAUUAUCACGACGUUCCAGGCGACGCAAUGUCCGGAUAGAAUGACGAAAUGUAGGUGAAUGUUAAAUGGUUAGCAAAGAAGGCUGUUUGGAGAAUUUCAAAUAAUGACUACCUAGAUAAUACCAACUGAUUUUUAUGCAUCAUGAAGUCGAUAUAUUAAAUCAUUUUUUUCCUUUUAUGGGGAAUGCUUUGA